CACCAGUGUCCGAGCGACAUGGCGGUUAUACUACACACUCCCCUCACAGUAUCGUGAUACAGUCACAAGGAUACAAAUCCACAAUGAACGGCUCAGUUAAUUCUAGCAACGAGUCUUGUCCUUCUCCGGGUGUGUGUGAGGAAGACGCGCUCGUGCCCGCGAUGCCCUACCUGGUGGACGCUUGGCUCGUGCCGCUGGUCUUCGCGCUCAUCAUGGUGUUGGGUCUGUUCGGUAACUCUCUGGUUCUGUACGUGAUUUCCAAACACAAGAAAAUGUGGACAGCCACAAAUAUCUAUAUAGCUAACCUGGCGAUGACGGACAUCACCUUCCUGAUCUGCUGUGUUCCUUUCACUGCUGUACUUUAUCCUUUACCAAGCUGGAUCUUUGGGAAUUUCAUGUGUAAAUUCGUCAGCUACAUUCAGCAGGUAUCUGCACAGGCCACAUGUGUGACACUGACAGUGAUGAGUGUGGAUCGCUGGUAUGUCACCGUGUAUCCGCUGCGCUCCCUGCAGUGUCGCACGCCGAGAGUUGCCACCGUGGUGAACCUGGGGAUCUGGAUAGGAUCUUUCUUGGUGUCUCUGCCAGUGCCACUGUACACCAGAACUUUAGCCGGAGAAUGGUUUGGUCCUCAGGUAUUCUGCACUGAGAUUUUUCCCACAACGACUCACAAGAAAGCCUUCAUCCUGUACAACUUCCUGGCUGUGUAUAUGCUCCCACUGGUGACCAUCUGCGUGUGCUAUCUGGUCAUGUUGUACCAAAUGGGCCGGCCGGCUGUGGAACCUGUUGACAAUAAUUAUCAGCUCCAGGUUCAGACAGAACGCAGCACAGCCGUCAGAGCCAAAGUAUCCCGUAUGGUGCUGGUGAUUGUACAGCUGUUUAUUCUGUGCUGGGGUCCCAUCCAGCUGUUCAUCCUGGCACAGGCAUUCAGCCCACACUUCCGUCAGAACUACUACACAUACAAAGUGAAGAUCUGGGCACACUGCAUGUCUUACAGCAACUCAUGCAUUAAUCCCAUAGUGUACGCCUUUAUGGGUGCCAACUUCCGCAAGGCCUUCAAGAAGACUUGUCACUGUUGCUUUAAACAGCGUGUAACCGUUGCCCAGCAGCCAAACGCCAACGGAAACACUGAGAUGCACUAUGUGUCAUAGAGUAGAUGUCUCGUAGCGUAUAUAUCUUAUCUGUGUGUGUGUGUGUGUGAGAGAGAGAGAGAGAGAGAGAGACCUUUGAACCUUUGGGGAAAAUUGGAUAUUUUGUUUUCUGUUGUUUUCUGUUGUUUUCUGUGAAGAAAACAAAUAUAUUUUUUUACAAAGGAAGCAGACCUAAAAUUACAGAUAUAUUUUUAGGUUUAACAGAGUAGCAAUGAGAUGUACGUCAGGCAGCCAUUACUAUUAAUGUUAUUAUGGUCAAUUAAAACUUUAGUUAAAUAGUUAAAACUUAGUGCAAAUAGGCUGAAGUCAGUCAUAUACGGGCUGUGGAGGACGAAGACACUGGACAUCAGGCCAUAUGACCACUGCCAGGUAAAGUGAAUAAGACUGAGUAUCUCCUCAUCAUGGCACCUGUUAGUGGGUGGGAUAUAUUAGGCAGCAAGUCAACAUUUUGUCCUCAAAGUUGAUGUUAGAAGCAGGAAAAAUGGACAAGUGUAAGGAUUUGGGCGAGUUUGACCAAAAGGGCCAAAUUGUGAUGGCUAGACCACUGGAUCAGAGCAUCUCCAAAACUGCAGCUCUUGUGGGGUGUUCCUGGUCUGCAGUGGUCAGUAACUAUCAAAAGUGGUCCAAGGAAGGAACAGUGGUGAACCGGAGACAGGGUCAUGGGCGGUCAAGGCUCAUUGAUGCACUUGGGGACUGAAGGCUGACCUGUGUGAUCCGAUCCAACAGACGAGCUACUGUUGCUCAAAUUGCUGAAGAAGUUACUGCUGGUUCUGAUAGAAAGGGGUCAGAAUACACAGUGCAGGACAGGUCAGGGCUGUUUUGGCAGCAAAAGGGGGACCAACAUGAUAUUAAUUCAAUUCAAUUCAGUUUAUUUUGUAUAGCGCCUUUUACAAUGAACAUUGUCUCAAAGCAGCUUUACAAAAGAAGAAAACAGAGAAAGGGGAGGGGAAAAUGAAAAAUAAUAAUAAAAAAUAACUAAUUAACUAGAAAUAAGAAUAAAUUAUUAAAUUCUAUAAUUAGACUAUUUUAUCCUAUUUUAUCCCUAAUGAGCAAGCCUGUGGCGAUGGUGGCAAGGAAAAACUCCCUGGGAUGGAAAGGAAGAAACCUUGAGAGGAACCAGGCUCAGAAGGGAACCAUCCUCAUUUGGGUGACACUAAACAGAAAAUAAUGUAACUGUAGCUGAUUAAUGUCCUUUCUACAACAGCAAUCAAUGACCAUGAGGAACUAUUAGGUCAGUGUAGUUUCUAAGGUCAUUAUAAACACUAGUUCUUUGCUGUCAUGGGCUGACAGAUGAAAUGGCAGAUCUGUGAUGGUGUGAAAGUCCCCAAGUGGCUCUGUCCAUGGCUGUCUCCUGGGCCACACAGAUCCAUCCACAGCACCAGUGGGCACCAUCAAGCGGCGAGACUCUGACCAGGGGUAGGGCAGCGGUCACACUGGAAACUGACAAACACUGGGAGCUCAGGAGUGGGGUGUAUAGCUCGACAGAGAAGGUAGAGAGAAAAGAGAAAGAUAUUAAGUUUCUGAUCAUGUGAUGCUUAAAGACAAUGUAGAAUUAUGUGUAAAGUGCAGGCAGGGACUCCGGCAAGACUAGCUAUGACAGCAGACAUAUGACAUAUUAGG